UUCCAACUUAGAUUUCAAAGUUUCUAUCGUAACGCUAUUAGACUUAACGAAAAAGAGCUUCACAUUGGAACAAUCUUUUUCCUUGGCCACUAAUUAAUCACAGCUCUGAACAAACCUUGCAUUGCUCAUCUUUAAUGGUUAAUUAACAGUUCAACACCAAAAACCCACCAAAUCCAAAAUCCAAAUUGAUAUCAUUGAUACGCCCCACUUGGCUUACAGUGUCAAAGACAAAUGGGUAUGAGGAGAGAGAUAUAGAUGUUCUUUAAUAAUUGCAUUUCAAAAUCAAACAAAUACUUGGCUCUUUCUUAUGGAGUGACUAAGGUUCUCGUUUGUGUCUCUAGCUGAGUUGGGUACAGUUCAUUUUUUAUCAUCAUCAACAACACAUCUCAGCCUCUUCUCUCCAAUCUGAAAUGGGUUCCGGUAGUAGUCGACUGGGAUCGCAACCUUAUCCGGCUCGGGUCAACCGAAGAAAUCGGUCCGGUAUUUUCUCUUCUCUUAUCUGUGGCGGCUCGUCUUCUCGCGGUUAUCAGGAGAUGGAGGUUUAUCCAACUGAAGGCCUGGGGAAUUCUGAAGUACAUUGUUAUGAAGUGCUCAAUAUGAUCCAGAACCCUAGAGCAGACUCAUCUUCUAUAUUGGGUACAGUAACUGGGGUUACUAGUUCCAGUUCUGAAAAUGGAGUUCCAUCUGACAACGAAACAGCUUGUGGAGAUGCUCUGGUUGAAAAUGGUUUUAGAAAUGUUGAAGCGAGUAACCGAGGAAAGAACCUGUCUGAAAGUAAGGAAUUAGUUGCUCCUAGCCUGGUAAGUGUUGAUCAUUGUAGUGAUUGUCAUGAUUGUAGUAGGCAUAGUAGCACUACAGAUAGUAUUUCAAUUAAAGAGCAACAAUCUUCAGACAUUUCCUGUGUUAAUGUCAUGGCUAACAAGGAUGCAGUUGGUGGCAUUGAAAAUUCAGAGGGCAAGAGUGUAUCUCAGAUCUAUCCUGAGGUUAUUCAUCCGACUAGUUCUUCUGAAGGGCAUGGCAGCUCAUGUUCUGGAUCUUCUAAUGGGGCAUCUGUUGAGGAUUGCGUGGUACAGGUGACGAGUUCUAACUCUGAUUCUUUUCCUCAAAUUAUGGAUCCGCCAGUUGCUUUCCACCCGCAAGAAAAUGAAUCUGUUAGGGAGGCAAUACCUUCAGGUCUAGGAUACAGUGGCUCUAACAGGGAACAAGGUCAGGUGGAUGGAAGUGUUCUUCAUGUUGAUGUGGUGAGUAUAUCAUCUAGCGUUUUGUCCAGCAGCAACACAAGUAGAGGUAAUCGUGAGCCCAGAAGGAAUAGUAGAAGAUUGUUUUGGGAUGCAGUUUCAAGGCGCAGUUCUAGAAGAUAUAUUGGUUCUCCAACAAUUCUGUUCUCAACAGAUGAUUCUGAUGAUAUUGGAUCCCGUGACAGAUGCCUCCUUGACAUCAGUAAUGAUUUUCUUGAAGAUGGGGUUGGAGGUGAUUCAGCUCACCUUGGAAGUGGAAAUUACAACUUCCACGAAAGGAGACGGCAUUCAAGAUCUGAGAUAUGGGAAAGAAUUAAUGGUGAUAUUGAUGAAAGUGGUUGGCGAACUACCUACUGUCCAUCUGGACUCCAUGCUGAAGGUUCAUGCUCAUGUAGUUCAUUCUUGAUGACAGAGGAGCCUAGAACUCGUGCAAGUAUAUCACGAAUAGUCAUGCUUGCCGAAGCUCUUUUUGAGGUUUUGGAUGAAAUUCAUCGUCAACCUUUAUCAUUAUCCCUCUCUAUGGUGUCACUUCCAGCCCCUGAAUCGGUUGUUGACUCUUUCCCCCUCAAGAAUCACAAAAAGCCAGAUGUAGCAGGAGAAGAAGAUGCGGAACAGUGUUACAUCUGUCUGGCUGAGUACGAGGAAGGGGAUAAGAUACGCGUUCUUCCGUGCCAUCACGAAUAUCACAUGUCAUGCGUGGAUAAAUGGCUGAAAGAGAUACAUGGGGUAUGCCCACUUUGUCGCGGAGAUGUUCGUCAGAGCGGCCAUGACUGUUCUGUAUCCAACUCAGGAGCUGCUUCUCUUUAGUGGAAUUGUACAUAUGAAUGUAAAUUUUUACAAAAACUUUACGUAUUGUUUGUCAUCUUAGCAUGACGCAAUUCUGUAUAAUUAUACAGCAAUUUUACAGAAACUUUACAUAUAGCAGUUAUUACAAUGAAAAAUUUACUGGCUUAGCAUUC